CUGGUAGUGUGACAUAGUGGUCAUGUGAUCCACACAGUCAAAUAAAUACUUUUUGAGAGCCGCAAGGGGGUAGAGUCUGUAGCUCGCACUGAGAGCAAACGAAGUGUCCGUACGUCAAAAUACUUUCAUAAACUCAAAUAAACUUGGGUGGUUAGUCGAAAGUAACUACACGCCGAAAUCUUUUAUUUUUUGCGGGUUGACGAAGAGGCUGUUUGUGUGAUCUGCGAGGAAUAUGAUCUCCAUGAGUUAUAUUUAGACUGCAUGCCUUAUUGACUCAUUUGCACCUCCAGUGACGAGUUUUAAUCAGUGAUACAAAUAGGUAAUGUAGCGCUUUCUUUCGGUUUGCUCAACAAUAGGUUUCCCAUGCGACUGAAGAACGAAUUCAAAGCGUGUUUGAUUUUUGGAGGAGCGGGAAUUCUUUAGGAGUGCUCAACUCAUUGACUGGCGGGCGAGAGAGACUGAGGGAUCUACGACGCGAAACGGUGGAAAGGAGCGCCAGAAGACGCGUCGAACAUGACCCUGGGUACGGAUAUGUCCGACAGCUCAGCAUUGUCAGACGAUGUGGAUAUAGAUGUUGUUGGAGGAGACAUAGCUGUUGUGAAAGAUGGAAAAUAUCUGCACCACCACAAUUUCCACUUGGACAAUGACUCGGACGAUACUCUGUCUCAGAAUGCAGGCGAAGGCGCUUCCUCCCCUGGUCACAACAACUUGGACUGCCCACCGGACCGAGUAGGAGUCGGAGGGGAUGGCGGCCCAGGAGACAUGGCAACAGAAAAAGCUAUGGUGCUCCUGAUUUGCAGCUCCUGGAUGGUCUCCAUCUCUCUGCUGCUGGCUGUGGAGGCUCUCGGGGAGCAGCCCGUGCAGGCUGAGAGGGGUCAGUCCUGGCUUGCUCCCAAUCUGGAGUGGAGGACAAUGCAAACAGGCCCGCACACUCAAUACACAGGCUGUGUGACGGCGCUGUUGCUGGGAGGGAGAUCUGGGGGACCAUCUGAAACCAAUUAGGGUGGUGCUGCAGCCACCCAGAAACUCGGUGACGGAUGGGAUUCUUGUAUUUAUAGCCGAGGUCCACUGUGAAUAAAACCAGAGACCCAUCACAAGGCAGCAUGCAUAUGACGCGCCAACUGUCCAAAUGUGGCAGCCAUUUCGCUGCCGCUCCCUUCCUUGGCACUGUGGGGUCAGUCCACGCUGAACUCUGUCAGGACCCCCACUCGGUCAAACAACAGCCCAAAGCCCAGGGAAAAUGGUAUUUUAGCAAAAGCAAACAUUGUCCUGUCUUGGCUUAAGGGGCGAAAUAGCUGUUUAUUUUAAAACUUGUUCCCCUCUGCUAAGCAUGAAAGUGUGGCCAGGGGAAGUGGGAGAGGGAAAAGUUCAAAAUUUCAAUUUGUCUUAUUUUCUUAUUUUUUCCCCUUUCCCUUCUCUUUCUUGUUCCUGUUAUUAACUCUUUGUUUGAAGAAUGGGAUUUCAUUUGUAAUUAACAUAGAUGUAAAUGUAAUGUAUUUCAAGUUUAUUUUUGAAGAGGAUUUAAAAAAAAAAAAAAAAUUCUCUUAAACUAGAUUUGUGAAGUAUUUAGACUGGGGUAUUGUAUAAUGGAUUGACUUGUGUGUUAAAUUCUCCAAAUGUAUGCUGGUGUGCAGCAGUGAAAUGAAAAAUGUGAAAUGCUGCAUUUUUAUAAGAAUCGAUAAAAUGUUGGCUGGCUAUACUUCAUAGGCUAUAUUUACCAUUAAUAAUUGACUAGGCAGCAGUAUUACCCACUGGCAUUAUCAUAUCAGCAAUAAAAUAAUCAUGACUGUAAUAUCUUUUUGUAAUCUCUUCUUAACUAUAUCUAGACGAUUUAGAUUAUUAGAAAGAUAAUUAGAUAAUAAUAGAUUAAAAAACAAAAAGCAAAGAAAUUAGAAUAUAGGCCUAUUGAAACAUAUUGAAUAUUGAAAGUGGAAUAUACAACUUAAAAAAAACAAAACAAUUACAUUUUUCACUGUUCUGUUUUUGAAAAUAAAGGUAUUUCAUAAGCGUUAA